UGGUAUGAUUCUCGCUUUGGGUGCGAGAGGUCCCGAGUUCGAUUCUCGGAAUGCCCCCUUUUCUUUUAAAAAUCAUUUAUUUAUUUUAUAUUAUUAUUUUCUUUUGAAGCAUUUAUUUUCAAGUAAAAAGCGCAUCAGCCAAAACUGAAAACGACAUAAAUAUAUUUCCCUCCAAAAACCUACACACGUCAGUUGAUUUCCCUCCAUUUCCCAAAAACCCUAACCCUCAAUUUCUUCUCUCUCAUUUGAAAUCCUCCAUUGGUGUUCUUAGAUGUGUGCGGUAAUGAGCUCUCUUGGGGGCGACAAUGGCGGUAAUAAUCCUACAAAAAUGAACUCACUUGUUGAUGACGACUCCGAUAGCGAAACCCAGAGCUUUGAUAGCCAUAGUACGAACCCAGCAUUUUUCGGUGGAGAAGUUAAAGUUGGUGAUAGCGUUGCUGAUGAGCCAUUACAGGAUACUAUGCUUCUUGAUAAUUUUUGGACGUUUGAAGAUGCAUUCGAUACCCAAGUAGUAGAUCUUGCUGAUGAAACCCAAGUCAUGGAUUUUGGCGGAGAGACUCAAGACGUGAAUCUAUGCGGUGAAACUCAAGACGUGAAUCUAUGCGGUGAAACUCAAGACGUGAAUGUGUGCGGUGAAACUCAAGCUUUGGAUGAUGUCGAUUACGGGGAGUGUAUGGAUACCCAAUUAUUAGAUGUGUUUGAUGAUACGGAUGUUAGAAAGAGCGAUGGUGAAGAAACUGACGGUACUGAAGUUUUGGGUGAUGAUGAUGAUUUAUCCGAUGAUGUAUUUGUAAGAGAAAAUGGCGCUAGAUCAGUGGAUAAGGGAAAGGGUCAAUGUUCUUCUGUAAGCAAUUACAGCGAGAAAGAACCAAUAGAGCAACCCAAAGCUUCAUGCAAUGAACAUAACAAUUCAGGGUCUCAGUCUAUGCAAUUUACCUCAGUUGGUGCAGCAUCUUUGCGGGCCUCUGGAAUGGCUGCUCGCAAUUCUUUAAAGGGUCCCCACAGUUUCUUGCCUUCUAUUUCAAAUAUUGAUCCAUCCUCGAAGAAUGAUGUUCGUGAUAAUGCAAUUAUAACAAUGGAAUCUGGAAAGGAUGGUUGUCAGGAGGAAGAUCUUGAAAGCAGUGUAAUGGUAAAUGGAUCAAGCAUGCCCAGAGUUGGUAAUUUGACAGCAAGAAAACUUUUUACGGAGAAUGUAGAUUAUGAAAAUGAGAAUCUUCCUUAUGAUACGAGUAGGGCAGACGGAGAAAAUUUGAUACAGAUGUCAGCUUGUGAUCAGGCAGGUUUGAGCUAUGUUGAGUCUCAGGAACCUGGAGAACUAUCACAAGCCAAUGCUCUUAAUUUUGUGGAUAGAUUUCUUAAAGAGAAUACUGAAGAGUUUGAUAAAGAAGUUUACCAUGGAAAUAGUACUGUGGGAAAAUCAAAACUUGUUUCAAGUGUAAAAGGUCCACAAAUGUUGGCGAAGAAAGUUAAUUUUAAAAGCAUGAUUGGUGAAUUUAACAUUUAUGAUUGGGAUGAUAAUCGUGAAGAUGAAGGAGGGGGUGACAUUCUCCGCCGAAGAAAGGAAGAUUUCUUUGGUGGUGGAAGGCUGGGAAGGAGGCCGUCAAAAUCUGGAGUUAUCAGAUCAGAAGAGCAGAAGGAUUCUAAAAAAUUGUUGAAUGGCAAUAAUAAAAAGAUGGAUGGGUUUAAUUCUGAUUCGAAAUUAAUAUCACACAAUCUUAAUUCCAAUGAUAAGUUGUUGUUUGAUUCUGAAAGGACCUUUAAAAGGAAUCUCAUCAAUGAGUUGGAUGAACAAUCCGAUCUUGGCUUUAAGGAUGAAAAGGUGGAAAAUAAUGCUACUAAGACAUAUGUGCCAGAUAUGUUUGAUGUGGGUGUUGAUACUCAAAUGGCUGCCGAAGCCAUGGAAGCCUUAUUUUGUGGUGAGGACAAUGCAAAGUUUGAUAUUAAUGAUGAUUGUCAAGGUGUCAAAAGUGAUAUUAGUCACAAAGCUCAGAGACGGUCGUCAAGAAAAAGAUCUUGUGUCAUUGAUGCAGGGUUUGCUACAAAGCAGUCGAAGAAAACUAAGAGUAUUGGCGCUGACAUAAAUGAUGUGUCAUUACUUUCACGUGCCAAGCAGUCUAAGAAUGUGAGAAAACAGAGCAGGGCAGACCCAGGUAUAAAAAAAUCAGAGAGAGCCAAAGAAAAUGAAGAACACCUUAACAAUAACGAAAGCGGAACCUUCAAGAAUAUACCUUGCGAAAGUACUUGGAAAAGGAAGGAAGAAUGUUCAAAUAUUCAAGAAAAGGUUAUAACUCCCAUUGCACGUCGAACUAGACGAUCAAUGGGAGCAAGUAAUCAUGAAAACACUGAGAUAGAGUCUUUUGAGAGAAGAGGGAAGAUGAAGGUUGUUGCUGCCAAUGAGAAAAGUAAUAAAGCGGGAGGCUUCCAGACUUCUAAAGGGUUGAGUUCAAGAGAUGCUCAGUGCAGUAAAAAUGAAAGUAGCAAGCGAAACCUACAUGAAAAAUUUGCAGAUAUGACAUCUUUUGCCAAUGGCAACAUGAAUGGUGCAUUAAGCUUUCCCAAAGCAAGAAGAUCUAGUAGAAUUUUGUCGCGCCAGAGUAAUAACAUUGAUAAUGUUGAUGAUCUAUCUGUGCCAUCUGUACAGCCAGAAGUCUUACAGAGUAGCAAUGGGAGUGGGCACACAACACUUAAUGAAUUUGCAAAUGUAGCAGCUAUUAAUAAUAGCAGCAACAAGAUUGGUACAUUAAGUUUUCCCAAAGCGAGAAGAUCUGUUCGAAUCUCUUCCCGUCAGGUUAAUAACUCUGAUAAUGUUGCUGAUGCGCCUGUGCCAUCUGCUCAGCCAGAAGUCACUGGGAGUGGGCAUACAAGGUCAUGCAGACAAACGCGAUCAUCGUUAUGUGAUCAUCCAGUUACGUCUUCUGUAGAGCAUCAUUUGGAAGGAAAAUAUCCGGAGGAAAUAAAAGAUGGAAUGUUUUCCAGAAAAGCCGAAAGUGGGGAAAGAGGUGCCAGGUUGGCUGAAACACCAGGGGAGAAAUCUAAACCAUCUGACUCAUCAUGUACUACUCCAAUUAACUGUAAGAUACCUAUCAGUGAUGUGUCACCCAUCUGUAUAGGUAAUGAAUACGUUGACAAAUCAAGUAAGAGAAGCUUCUCAACAUCAUUUUUUUUGAAAGAAAUCCGCAGUUUAAGUGAUGCCGGACCUCAAGCUACUAGUGUGUCAAAAGUGCUACGAAAAAGGAGAGAAGUAACGGAUAUUCGAGUCCUAUACAGUCAUCACUUGGAUGAUGAUAUAAUUAAACAUCAAAAGAAGAUAUUAGCCCGUCUUGGAGUGUCCGUAGCAUCCUCUAUUACAGAUGCAACACACUUCAUUGCUGAUCAGUUUGCACGCACAAGGAAUAUGUUAGAGGCUAUUGCUUCUGGUAAACCAGUGGUGACAUCGUUAUGGAUUGACAACUGCGGUCAAGCCAAGUGUUUCUUAGAUGAGAAAAAAUACAUUCUUAGAGAUUCGAAAAAAGAAAAGGAAAUUGGCUUUAGCAUGCCGGCUUCGUUAGCAUGUGCAUCUCAGCAUCCAAUAUUACAGGGCUUGAGAGUCUUGGUUACCCCAAACACAAAGCCUGGAGUAGAAAUAAUUUCAAAUCUGGUGAAGGCAGUUCAGGGCCAGGCAGUUGAGAGGAUAGGCAGGUCUGCACUGAAAGAUGGUGCCUUUCCAGAUGAUCUGUUAGUUCUAUCUUGUGAAGAAGACUAUGCAAUUUGUGUGCCUUUCCUUGAAAAAGGAGCAACAAUUUACAGUUCAGAGCUGUUACUGAACGGAAUUGUUACUCAGAAGUUGGAGUAUGAAAGGUACAAGCUAUUCACAAAUCAUGUCAAGAAAACUCGUUCUACAUUAUGGCUGAGGAAAGAGGGCAGCAAGUUCCUUCCUGUGAAUAAAACCAAAGCAAGUUAAAUUUUGUUUCUUUGCAUCAAUGCCCUCUUUUCCUUUGUGCAUAUAUUGUAUAUGUUUGUGUGUGUAAUGCCUCAUAUUGUUUUCCCCUUCGUCUUUGUUGUAAAAAUAGGUUUUUGCAUAAAUAAUAUUUUUUCUUUUCCCUUUCCAAAAUGCUCAAGUAAAUCAUCUUUUUGAAUAAUUGCUAGUAAGAAAUUUCUAACGACGAACUUGGUUAUAUAAAUUAAAUAGUAAUAUUCGAUUGAAAA